AGGAGCCACCGGAAGCGGAAGCCCAGUACCGGGUUCUGGGCAGGGGAGCCUGGGAAGUAGUUGUGUGAUCUCGGGACUGGGGGCUUCGAGAAGAGUUGGGCUACGCAUGUAUCUUGGAGUAUUCUGGAUGUUUGAUUAUGCAGAUUCCUUUGGUUACAACAGCGCCGUUUUGCAUUACUGAAGCCACAAGGCUAUGCGGACUGCAGCCUCUCCCCAGUACGCUUUCUACUUCUGGAGAAGUAUCAAAUGUUUUAGUUUGAGAAGACACCUGAAAUAGGAUCGAGGAAGAUAUAAAGGGCAAGGCUGACUGCUUUUCAUAAUCGUUAUGUCUUACAGAGUGGCAGUUGCAGAGAAAGCCUAUCAGUACUUUUUACUUUUUUUUAAAGAUAAUUUUUAUGAAUUUAUUUGAGCCAAAUUGACGACAUAUGCCUGGGAGUAAGGUCUCAAGUGCUCGGAGGCUAUUACUAUUAAUUGUUGAUGAGGCUGGGAGUAGGGGCACAAAGCAGGAUGUCUAGGCAACUGCCUCAUAGAAUCUUUGUGAACCUUUACUAAAGGGCAUGGUCUUUUAUUAUAGGGUUCCCUGUUUUUCUAUGUGAUCUGUUGUCCUUAGGCCCUGUAAGGUUGUGGGGUCACUUUUGGGGCAGGAAGGUUUUUUUCUGUUUUUUUUGUUUUAGUCUAAGGCUACUUCUCUAUCCCAGCAGGUCUCUGGAGGUGGCUUUGGUCACUGCAGGGCCGCCAGGGUUUUGGCUCACUGGCUUCAUCUUCCUCUUGCCUAGUCUCAUUUUCUCAGCUCUCCCAAAGCCAUGUCCAGGCCCUCUGUCAUCACCUUUACCCCAGCCACUGACCCCAGCGACCUCUGGAAAGAUGGGCAGCAGCAGUCACAGCCUGAAGAGUUGGAGCCUACUCUGGAUGGGGCAGCAGCCCGGGCUUUCUAUGAAGCCUUGAUUGGAAAUGAGAGCAGCACCCCUGAACCUCAGAGAUUGCAACCUGAGCCUGCCAGUGAGAGAAAAAAGAAGAAGAGAAGAAUGACGAGAGAGGCUACAACAGGAUCAUCAAGAGGACAUGGACAAAGGAGAUCCCUUGAGGCUGAGGACAAGAUGACUCAUUGGAUACUGAGGGCAGCCCAGGAGGGGGACUUGGCAGAACUAAAAAGGCUGCUGGAUCCCCAUGAGGCAGGGGGAGCUGGGGGGAAUAUCAAUGCUCGGGAUGCCUUCUGGUGGACCCCCCUGAUGUGUGCUGCCCGAGCAGGCCAGGGGGCAGCUGUGCGCUAUCUCCUGGGCCAGGGUGCUGCCUGGGUCGGGGUCUGUGAGCUGGGUGGCAGGGAUGCUGCUCAGCUGGCUGAAGAAGCAGGCUUCCCUGAGGUGGCCCGCAUGGUCAGAGAGAGCCAUGGAGAGAAGAGGAGUCCAGAGAACCGGUCCCAAGCUCCCUCCCCCCAGUACUGUGAGACCUGUGAUGCCCACUUCCAGGACUCUAACCACCGCACAUCUACUGCUCACCUGCUGUCACUGUCCCGGGACCUCCAGACCCCCAGUCUGCACCUUGGGGUGCCCAUCUCCAGCCCAGGCUUCAAGCUGCUGCUGAAGGGGGGGUGGGAGCCUGGAAUGGGGCUGGGACCCCGGGGCAAGGGCCGUGUCAACCCCAUCCCCACCGUCCUCAAGAGAGACCAGGAAGGAUUAGGGUACAGGUCAGCACCCCAAUCCCGAAUCACACACUUCCUGGCUCGGGAUACCCGGGCAGUGGCUGGGAGGGAGAGAGCCCCACAGGUGACCACACUGAGCAGGAGGGAGGAGAGAAGGCAGAAGGAGAAGGACAAGGCCUGGGAGCGGGAUCUGAGGACGUACAUGAACCUUGAGUUCUGAGCUUGGCAAGGUCUGACCCUGGUCUGCUGAAGUCUGAGCUGGGCACUUAGCUUCUACUUCCUGGAGCCUGCCCAGGUCCCAGACACUUGGAUUUUGGUCAGUAGGCCCUACCUUUGGGAGUGGAGCUGAGAAUUGAGAAAUAAAUCAACUUUACUUUUUGUUU